CUGAAAAUCUGUAUUGUCAGCCCAGGAGCACAACAAGACUCAGCCUCUUGCAACAGGAUCCAAUACAACUUCAAACCGAGUGGACACCAGCUCGUGAACCACCAUGCUUGUGGGAAGUCCAGCAAUCUUCUCUAUUCUUCUGCUUACAGUCUCUUUGACAGUGGCCCAGGAGUGCUCUCAGCCCUGUGCCUGCCCCACAGACGCCCCUCCCUGCCCAUUAGGCACCAGCUUGGUGCUGGAUGGCUGUGGUUGCUGCAAAGUGUGCGCCAGGCAGCUUGGGGAGCCCUGCAACCUGCUGGAGCCCUGCGACCACCACAAAGAGCUCUACUGUGACUACGCGCUGCUGAGCAACACUGACACUGGCAUCUGUUUGGCUCAAGAGGGUCAGCCAUGUGACUUGGGUGGUGUCAUUUACCACAGCGGAGAGUCUUUCCAACCUAGCUGCAAACACCAAUGCGUGUGUAUGAAUGGUGAGAUCGGCUGCGUGCCGACGUGUCCCAGCAACGUCCGUUUGCCAUCCCCCGACUGUCCGUACCCUCGCCGCAUCCACAUCCCAGGAAAAUGCUGUGAGGAGUGGGUGUGCGACCAGACCCCUCAGAACCACCACUAUCAGUCAGUGAUGGGCGGAGCUUCUCAGAUUCAUCCACUGCCCUCUUCACAAUCCAUCCCAGGAUUGAAGGAGGUGGCCCUUCAUGGACCGAAACCAGAGAGUCCGAGAGAUAACUGCUUAGUCCAGACGACAGAGUGGAGUGAGUGCUCAGCCACCUGUGGAAUGGGGGUCUCGUCCCGCAUCACUAACGACAACCAUCGCUGCCAGCUGGAGAGACAGACGAGGGUCUGUAUGAUCCGACCCUGCAACAUCCAACAAGAGAAAGAAAUUAAGCGGGGCAAGAAAUGUGUGCGGACGCCGAAAGCCCAGCAUGGAAUGCGGUUCGAGUUGUCUGGCUGCACCAGCACCAGGUCGUACAAACCAAAGUUCUGUGGCGUUUGCAUCAACCACAGAUGCUGCACACCUCACAGCACCAUUACCGCUGAGGUGGAGUUCCGCUGUCCGGAGGGAGACGUGUUCAGAAAAAAGAUGAUGUUUAUCAAGACGUGCUCCUGCCACUUCGACUGUCCGCGGGACAAUGAUAUCUUCCUGGCUUCCAACACACGAAGGAUGAUCGGUGACUACGAUCACAACAUGUGAUAUUGACAAGGCCUUUUUACAUCGACUGCAUCCUCUCCUUCCUUCUUUUUUCCCACCAUCUGAACCACUACACAAGACACAAUUCCAUCUAAAGAUGCCAUGUAAGAAUAGGAUAUGUCUUGCUGUAAGAUUAGUUUUGAGGACGGUACAUCUCGCUUUGAGAUGUUAUUCUUAAAAUGAUUCAAAAGUAACCCAUAUCAAUUGGGAAAUCUCGUCGCAAUAAGUUACUCGAUCACAGUUUGUAGUGUGGAAGACAAAAAGACGACAUGGAUGGGCAAGUCUUUAAUUAAUUAAUUUGUUAAUCGGGGGUUAGCACUGACUGGUUAGUUCCCCCACUGAAUGUUUAUUCUUCUGCCAUAACUUUACAUUUUGAUCAUGCCUUCCACAAAGUGCCCGGUGGCGUAAGCAAAGACCAUAAAGGCAGGACUGAAGAGUGGAAGGUGGCUAAGAGUCGAGGUUCUUGGAGAUGCAGUAGCAAUCACAUUGCCGCUGUCAUUUGAUGCAUCAAAAUUAGGAAGUACUGCAUAUAAAUAUAAAAACCAAGAAAUGUUCAUUGGCAGCUUUCUCACCCUUCAUACAGAAUUUUCAAUAUGAGCCUGAAUAACUUUUCAUGUCAGGUCACUCUGAAAAUGCAAUGCAAUACAAUGCAUUUUUUUUUUUUUAAUAACUAAGAAGUACAGAACUCAACAUUGGAUUUUUAGGUGCGAAUUGGCGUAUGAUCUGAGAGGCUCGCUGAAACACGUGACUUUUUUUCCAUUGACAACUUAACUUUUGUUGCUUGAGAGCAAAGUUAAAGCUACAAACAGUCCGCUAAUGAAUUGACCCAUACUGACUACUACUGUUCAUCCCUGUCUGACAAUGUAUUCUUGGGUCUGAAAAAUGUACGCAGGGUUUGCAGUUAGUGAAAUAGAUCAUUAGUUGCUGUCGUGGUAUCUUUGGACUAAAGUAAAGGUAUUCUGUAAAAACUACCGUACAUAAAAAUUGGUUACUUGUGCGUACAGUACGCCUGCCUGGGUCGCGUGGUUUCAGUUCCCACUCAGUGAUGUGGAUGUGAGUUUGAACAGUUUUCCGUUUAUGUGCCCUGUGAUUUGACUGGCGACCAAUACAAAGGGGUGAAGUUUGCCUUAGGCAUUGUUGCAUGUAUUACUUCCGUUCCUUUGUAUUAAAUCCUUUCCAAACAUGGCCAUUUUCUGGCCACGGACAGACAAGUUGUGAACAUUUGUGUUGCCGUGGCCAACUAAAAAUCCAAAUUGACAAAAACCCACAAGAAUGUGGAGAUGCUGUUAGACUGAGGAUGUCGAUUUUGUUCAAGUCUUACAUUGAGACAUUGUUGGGACCCUACUGCUUUCGUAAAACAUAUUUGUAUUUUGCAUCUUGACGCAAUUGUAGCACAACUAAGUAAUCGCUGAUACAACUUGAUGAUUUUCAUUUUAUUUAAAAAAAGCAAAACAAAACAAAAGAAAUGACACAUUUGGCAGCCAGCAAAUGCAUUCCUAGUGUGAAUACUUUGAGACUGUGUACAGUUUUGUACUAUAAUUUAUGUUUAACGCUGACUGUAUGAUAUUGUUUUAGUUUUUCCACUGUAACCACGUCUAAGAUUCUAAUGUGUUCUCGUCUCUUGCACUUUUGUCUCUUUUUCAAUAAAGAAAGUAUAUUUUUAUAGAUA